AGGUUGUUAACCCCAACUCACCUGGCACAUAUAGACCGCCACCCAGGACAAAAGAGGUUGUGAUCAAAGGCCAAGUAAUCAAAUUAAAAUAUUGCUUCACCUGUAAAAUAUUCCGCCCUCCCAGGGCCUCACACUGCAGUUUGUGUGACAACUGUGUCG